AAAUACAUAAAUAUAUAUUACAUCGUUAUUCUGUCCUGGGCUUUAUUCUACCUGGUGUUCUCCUUUAGCAACCAGCUCCCAUGGGCCAGCUGCAACAACUACUGGAACACAGAUGAGUGUGUAGACUUUUCAUCAGGAAAUGAAACCAUCCAUUGGACCAACAAGACAAAUUUGACUUCUGCAGCCACCGAAUUCUGGGAACGACGGGUGCUGUCUAUCUCAGGGGGUAUUGAAGAGUUGGGCAAUAUCAGGUGGGAGUUGCUGUUGUGCCUUAUUGUGAUGUGGGUGAUCUGUUACUUUUGCAUCUGGAAAGGAGUCAAGUCCACAGGAAAGGUGGUGUAUUUUACCGCCACCUGUCCCUAUGUGAUGCUAAUAAUACUUUUAAUUCGAGGACUCUGUCUACCUGGUGCCUUUGAAGGAGUAAUGUUUUAUCUUCUGCCUGAUCCAUCACGACUUACAGACCCUCAGGUGUGGAUGGAAGCUGGUGCCCAGAUUUUCUUCUCAUACGAUGUCGGUGCAGGCACCCAUAUUGUGCUAGGCAGCUACAACACAUACAAAAACAACUGCUACAGAGACUGCUUGUGGCUAUUUUUGCUGAACAGUGGUACCAGUAUUGUAGCUGGGUUUGCCGUCUUCUCUGUGCUGGGAUUCAUGGCUCAUGAGCAAAGUGUUCCCAUUGCAGAAGUAGCAGAGUCAGGUCCAGGUUUGGCGUUCAUUGCAUACCCUCAGGCUGUGGCCAUGAUGCCUUUUUCCCAACUGUGGUCCGUCUUCUUCUUUGUCAUGCUUAUUCUCCUCAGCCUGGACACACAAUUUGUGGCCAUGGAGGUGGUGAUGACAUCCAUCACAGACAUGUUCCCAAGAGUUAUGCGCAGGGCAGGAUGGCGGGAGACAUUCCUCCUCAUCUUCUGCCUAAUUUGCUUCUUUUCUCAGCUCCCCAUGAUCACCGAAGGUGGAAUGUACGUGUUUCAGUUAUUUGACUACUACGCAUGCAAUGGAACAUGCAUGCUCUUCCUCGGUGUGUUUGAAACUCUGGCAUUGGGAUGGGUAUUUGGGGCAGAGAGGUUGUACAACAUCAUAGAAGAUAUGACUGGUGUUCGUCCUAACCCGCUCUUCAAGAUCUGCUGGCUCUAUCUCACUCCGCUGGUCGCACUGGGAUCUUUCAUAUGUUCUUUAGUUGAAUACCAGCCUCUGACCUUCAAUCGUUGGUAUGUGUACCCAUCCUGGGCAUAUGUGCUGGGAUGGGUUCUGGCUCUCUCCUCCAUCCUGCUUGUUCCUGGAUGGGCGUUUUACAAACUGUGCACUGGAACUGGGACCCUCAGUCAGCGGCUCCAAUUCCUGUGUCAGCCGGUCCUUGACAACUCCAGAACCCAAAUGAAAAUACUGGAGCUGCAGAGCAUGAAUACAGAAGUGCUACAGCCGUUUAUGACCCAGUGA